AUGAAAUGUGAAGUGAAAACUGUUAAACUAAAAAUUCUAGGACUGACUGAUUUAAGUAAAAUUAUAAGAAAUUCUUCUUAUGAAAUAAAAGUAUAUUUUGGAGGUGCAAGAAAAGAAACUAAAAUAUUAAAUUACUAUGUUGGUAUAUAAUUAUAUUAUUAGAUUAGCAUCUGAAUAAAUUGAAAUAAAUUAGGAUUUAGAAUUGAGCAGUAUUCAUGGAAAACAAUUACAAUUUUGGUUGUUUGAUAAAUUGAAAAAUAAGUUUAUUGGAGCAGGAUCUUAUGAAUUGAGUGAAAACUAAGUUGAAGGAUUUCAAUUAUUAGAUUUAAAAAUUGAUACAGUUAUAACAUGUGUGUUGAUGUUUGAAUUGGCUGUUGAAGUGAAGGAUAUUUAUUAGCCUGUAAUUUUAGAAGAUGAUAAUGUGAUUUUGAAGAAAGAUGACUCAGAAGAAAAAAGAAAAGAAGAAGAAAGGAUGGAACAAGAAGAGAAACUUAGAAAAUAAUAAGAAGAGGAAAGAAGAUUAUUAUAAAAAUAAAAUAAAGUUUCUAUUGUUACAUUAACUAAUAGAUAUGUUGAAGAUUAAUCUUAUUAUUGA